AUGGCCAGCUGCUUGGUACCUGCACUGCUACUGCUACUGCUUCUAGACGUGCGGCAGGAAUGCCCGGAGGCCGUCGCUGCCCAUCCUCGCAACGGUAUAGGCCAUGUGCGUGUAGGGCACGCCAACAACCGCAGCCUACCCGCCUCUCCAACAGGAUCGCGGAGCUCUGUAGCACCGAAUCCAUGCGUGGACGCGGCCGACGCGUGCACCGCCGACGAGCGGUGCCAUCGGCUGCGCACCGCGUACGUGGUGCAGUGCUUGGGUCGUGCCGCGCCAGGGGGCUGCCCCCGCGCCCGCUGCCGCCGCGCCCUGCGCCACUUCUUCGCCCGCGGGCCGCCCGCGCUUACACACGCGUUGCUUUUCUGCCCUUGCGGCGGCCCCGCGUGCGCAGAGCGCCGGCGCCAGACCUUCGUGCCCUCCUGCGCUUUCUCAGGGCCUGGCCGGGCGCCACCUUCCUGCCUCGGGCCCUUAGACGCCUGCGAGCACAGCCGGAUCUGCAGGUGCCGGAGGAGGCCCCGCCUCCUGGCCUUCCAGGUCUCCUGCGCGACCACAGCCAGCAGCCAUGACGGCUGCCUCCAAGACCAGGCCCCAAGCUGCCUGCGCGCCUACGCCGGCCUCGUGGGCACAGCCAUCACGCCCAACUACGUGGACAACGCAAGCGCGCGCGUGGAGCCCUGGUGCGACUGCAGAGCCAGCGGAAAUCGGCGUGAGGAGUGCGAAGUCUUCCGGGGGCUCUUUACGAGGAACCGCUGCUUGGACAGUGCCAUACAGACCUUUGACCGUGGGUGGCCCCCAAUCCUACGUAACCAGUUGGACUCCCACCAGAACCCUGGGCAGAGUCUCCUGCAGAUCUGGACACUGUUUAUCAUGCUCUAAGGUGUACAUCUGAACAGACUUGUAGGCAAAACUCGCUCUGGUACUCCAGCAUUUUAUGGCAUCCUCCUAGUUAGGCACCACCCAUCAUGAUAGACACCGGCACCGCAUCACUAACGCUGGCAGAUUGCUUCCUGUCUUUGAUGUGCUGCUUGUUGGACACCACCUUGAGUGAGAAUCCAGUUCCCUGCGUUGCACUGGCCAUGUAGCCAUCUUCCCUGUGGUUCAGCCCAGCACUAGGACUGACAUCCAUAACUCAAUAAACCCAUGUGCACUGAGACUGGCCCUGUUGUCAUGUGAUCUGUGUUCUGGGAGCCGGGAGCCCAAGGUCAGCUGCAGGGUGUGCCUCUGCUGGCCUCUGUGACCUUGGAUGGCCUCGGAACCUCUCCAGGCAUCAUCUUCUCAGGACCUGUGGAUGCUGAACUGAAUCAACUGUCAGGUCCAGUGCCGGAGAUCUUGGCU